AUGUCGGACACAGAGAAGCCAGUGGCUGAGAAAAAAGUUGAGGAAAAGGUGGAGGAGAAGGUGGAAGAUUCUAAGCCUGUUGAGAAGAAAGCCUCUGAGGAUGUAGAGAAGGCUGAAGAAAAGACCGAGGGAUCUGAAAAGAAAAGAGCAACUGAUGGUGAAGACAAGCUGAAGAAGAGAAGAAAGAGACGUCAGUAUGAUGACCUUCCAAAGGAGGAACCGGAGUCAGAAGAUGGUGAGGAUGACACCAAGGACGACAAUCGUUUGGAACAGGAGUGGGACGACGACGAAGAAGAGGAUAUGUUAGAGAUUGAUGAGUCCAACAUCAUCACUGGUAGAAGAACUAGAGGUAAGGUAAUUGAUUUCAAGAAGGCUGCGGAGGAAUUGAAGAAGGAGAACAAAGAAGUCAAUAGCGAGGAUGAAGAGGAUUACGACGAGCAGGCUCCAAAGGAAUAA